CCUAAGACCUCAGACGCUCACUGCCGUUUCGCUGCAAUUCAUCGGCCUCCACUCAACUGUGCCCCACCUCGCCGUGACUCUCCACUGCUUCCAGUACGACCUGUACGUGCCACCAGUUCGUUCGUUCGCUCACCUGCCCCGCCAACAUUUUGAAACCUCGAUCCCCUUCCACCUCGGACCGCCAUCACCACCAGCACCACCACCUCAGGAGGUCGGCUUCCUUUUUGGCCGCCAACAGUCGUUCCUUUGUACACGCAUCACCUCAUCCUUUGGCACAAAGCCCUGCGAAAUCCCGCACGGCUCUCCUGGUGCCUCUCUCCAGCCGCCAUCGUUGCCGACCUGCCUGCACGACCUUGACGAAACGCCACACGUGUUUACGAGACCACGACCGUUACGACCGUCAAUUUCUGACGCAUUUUACCGCGACCCGACCCGGCCGAUUAUACAGUUCUGCUGCAACACAAGCGCUGCUGUCUCCUUUGUCGUCAAACUUGUCCCUGGAUUGCCUGUUCGUCCGCGAAUCAGAUACGCCGACUUGCGAGCUGCACCUCCUGUUCAACAUGGCCGACAAUGCCCGCAGCUUUGUUCCGCUGACCUGCCACGGCCACUCGCGGCCCGUGCCGCACAUCGGCUUCUCCAGCCUCGAAAAGGAUGGACAGUAUUUUAUGCUCUCUGCCUGCAAAGAUGGAAAUACCAUGCUCCGUGACGGCAUCAAUGGAGACUGGAUAGGUACCUUCUUGGGCCACAAGGGAGCGGUAUGGCAGGCGAGACUCAGUCCGGAUCACGCAUACGCGGCGACCGCGUCCGCCGAUUUCACCGCGUGAGUUCUCAGCCAAUGUCGCACAAGUCGUCAUCAGGCGCUGACGGGCCACACAGAAAGAUUUGGGACACACACACGGGAGAGCAGCUCGCCUCGAUUCAGCACGAUCAUAUUGUGCGCGCCGUUGCCUACCCAGCCGAUAAUUCGGAUCUUCUCGCUACAGGCGGCAUGGAGAAGAAGCUUCGUAUCUUCGACCUGUCCGAGCUCUCUUCGUCUUUCGACGGAAGUGCCGUCACGAUCCCCUCGUCUGCCGGGUUCGAAAUCGGCGAGGGUGUUCAUACGAGCUCCAUCAAGUUCAUCUGCUGGACUCAGGACCCCAACGUCAUCGUCACGGCCUCGGACAAGACGCUUCGCUGGCUGGACCUUCCCAGCCGCGCCUGCAUCCAUCAAGAGGUGCUAGAUGGCGAGAUCAAGUCUUGCGAGAUGGUGUCCCUGGCGCCCGGCUAUACCUCCAUCGAUGACAUUGGAGGCGGCAAGCCCGUGCUUGCCGUCGCUGCCGGCAAAACGGCUUACUUCUGGGGCGGCGUCCGCGCCAUGGAAGAGCUUAAGCGCAUUGUCCUGCCUCGCUCUAUCGCCAGCGUGGCGCUCGACGUCAAGGGACGCAAGGUCGUCGUGGGUGAGGAGCCAGGCACCUGGGCUCGGCUGAUUCGUUACGACGACGAGUCUGAAAUCGAGACGCUCAAGGGCCAUCACGGUCCCAUCUGGUCAAUCGCGUUUUCGCCCGACGGCAAACUCUAUGCGACGGGCUCUGAAGACGGCACCAUAAAGUUGUGGAAGAACUGCGAGGGCCAGUAUGGCCUUUGGAAGGGUGGCGCGAACCAGGACAAGGCCCCUACGGAGUAGAAUGACGCAGGGCGAAGCACCAUCACCGCGGCGCAAAUCCGCGAGGGACGCGAAGACUGGCGUGGCGGCCGCACCUCCAGCCCGCUCAGCAGCAGAGACGAGUAGGACAUGAGCUUGGCUGACUCGGGGAGUACCUCGAUUGAGGGCUCAGAACCUUGCGCCAGCACCAGCGAGGAGCACGCUGCCAGCAUGAGUGGAGGCCUGGGACCGUAGCCUCCGCCAUGAGACGUUGGGUGAGAGGCGGCAAACGGUGAUGCAGUAUAACAAAACCAUGAGAGGGACAUGGGUCGCACGGGGAUCAAGACGCGACGCUGAUGACUCGAAUCACUCGCCUCAGAACCUCUCCCGGUUGAGAGGCAUGUCGGCGGCUGGAUGUCGGGUGAGUUCGUUGAGGAGUGAUUUGACCCCGCGUAAGCUGGUCCUUUGGUAGUGUAACCAUUUUGUAACCGUAUGCCUACCGGAGGGCUCGGUUCGGUAUUGACAAAUAUGGCGCAGACUCACCUGUGGACGUCUGGCCAUAUUCUGAGUGAGGGCGAUGGCAUUAUAAUAUCUUUGUAGCAGAUACGGGGAUGUGUCGAAUAACAAAG